AUGGCUUCAGAGCUCGAGGCCCCGGCCAAAGAGGUCCCGCCCGCUGCGGAUCCCGCCGCGCCAGCUGCUCUCCAACCCUCGAAGCAGACGGUAGACCCGUGGAACGUCGCCGGUGAGGUCGGCGAGGAUGGGAAGGUUAAGGCGAUUGACUACAAGAAGCUGGUGGAAGAGUUCGGCACCAAGCUGAUCGACAAGGAGAUACUGGAGAGAUUCGAAAGGGUCACCGGUCACAAGCCCCAUCGCUUCUUGCGGCGCCAGAUCGUCUUUAGCGAGCGCGACCUCGGUUUGAUAUUGGAUCGGUACGAGAAGGGUGAACCUUUCUUCUUAUACACUGGCCGUGGUCCCAGUAGUGAUAGUAUGCACAUCGGACAUACGCAGAUAUUCGACUUUUGCAAGUGGUUGCAAGAUGUGUUUGAUGUUCCCCUAGUCAUCAUGCUUACGGAUGACGAGAAGUUCCUUUUCUCCGAAAAGAGAACAGUCGAGGAAGUCAUUGGCUACUCGCGAUCUAACUGUCAGGAUAUCAUCGCCAUAGGCUUUGACCCUGAUAAGACCUUCAUAUUCUCCGACUACGAAUUCAUGGGAGGCGCUUUCUACAGAAACGUCACACGCUUUGCCAAACUGGUCACUUACAACCAAGCAAAGGCCACUUUCGGUUUCGACGAAAGCUCAAAUAUUGGAAAGAUUCACUUCACCAGUAUACAAGGUGCUACCGCCUUCGCGACUACCUUCCCGCACAUAUUUGGUGACGAUGAGAAGAAGGUUGCGAGCAUCCCCUGUCUAAUUCCUUGCGCCAUUGAUCAAGACCCCUAUUUCCGUUUAACUAGAGAUUGUGCUGCCAGGCUAAAGUACGCCAAACCUUCUUUAAUCCAUUCCCGCUUCCUUGACGCGCUACAAGGCCCGGGAUCGAAGAUGUCUGCUAGCAUUGAUUCUUCUGCUAUCUUUAUGAAAGAUACCCCCAAACAGAUCAAGGAUAAAGUCAACAAAUAUGCUUUCUCAGGUGGUCAGGUUAGUGCGGAAGAGCAGAGGGCGAAGGGCGGAAAUCCCGAUAUAGACGUUGCCUACCAGUACCUCCAGUUUUUCAUGGAAGAUGACGAAGAAUUAGCGAAAAUUGGACAAGAUUAUAGGGAAGGAAAGCUCUUAACCGGAGAACUCAAAGCAAUAUGUAUUAAGUAUCUCCAGGAAUAUGUCGCCGCGUUCCAGGAACGGAGAGCCAAGGCUACAGAGGAAACGGUCAAACUAUUCAUGUCCGUGAGGCCGUUGAAGUGGGGAGGUAAUCCUAGAGUGCAGCGGACUGUUCCAGUUGUAGAGGCAGCAUCGGCGCAGGCCGAAGGCCAAGCUGGAGAGGGUAAACUUACGAAGAACCAGCUGAAGAAAAUAGAAAAGGAGAAACAGAUAGCUGCGAAGAAGGCGGCAAAGGCCGCUGAGAAGGAGGCUGCCAAGGCUGCCUCAUGA